AUGCCGAUGCAUCAGGGAUUCCUACCCCGCGAGGGCUUUUGCCUUGAUGUUGUCCUCAAGCUCUUCCGCAGAACCGCCGGGAACCCAGCCCUUCUCCUCCCCCUCGUCUUGCUUGCGAGAUUCUCCAAAAAAGGCCAAGACUGGGCCAUCUUGCACCCCAAGGCCGCCCGGCGCCUUAGAGUUCUAUUCUACUUUGCCGUCUUGCGACGCCUGAGUGCUUGGUAUUCAGACAAACUGCGCAACAAUUGGGUCGACGACAAAUAUGUCUGGUCGAGGGAAAUUGUACUUGUUACUGGCGGUGCUGCUGGCAUUGGCGCAAGCAUGGUGCGAUACUUUGCCGAGAAGGGCAUCACCGUUGUUGUACUCGAUGUUCAGCCCAUGACCAUGAAGACCAAUUCGAGGGUACACUACUAUCAAUGCGACCUUAGAUCGCCCGAUGCCGUCAUUGCGGCGGCAGACCGGAUUCGAGCUGAGGUCGGCCAUCCUUCUGUUCUUAUCCACAACGCCGGCGUCGCCAGAGGCAAGACUAUUAUGGACUCUGAGCCAGCAGAUGUCCGAUUCACCUUUGAUGUCAACACUCUAUGUCACUACUGGGUCACCAAGGCAUUCUUGCCUAACAUGAUUUCUCAAAAUCACGGCAUAAUUGUCACCGUAUCAUCGAUCGCUGCAUGGGCUGGUCUUCCCGACAUGGUCGACUACGGUGCUUCAAAGGCUGCCGCCUUGGCUUUCCACGAGGGCCUCUCUGGAGAACUCAAGUUUCGCUACAAUGCUCCCAGGGUUCGAACUAUUACGGUCCACCCUGGACACACUCAAACCGCCCUUUUUGCAGGCUUUAACCAGGGCAACUCAUUCGUCGCUCCCAUGUUGCAUCCCGACUCUAUUGCCGAGGCUGUCGUCAAACAGGUCCUCACCGGACGCAGUGGAACGGUCGUCCUGCCCGAGGCCGCCUCGAUGCUGUCAUGGCUCCGAGCGCUGCCCGACUGGCAUGGCAUCCGUGUGAGAUCCAAGGCCCAGGGAAGCAUGAAGAACUGGUCAGGGAGGCAAGUGGUGCAGGAUGUUGGUGCUCUGUAUCAACCCGUUGAUGGCCAGCAUUCCGAACCAAGCGAGAGCACCGUACUGAUUUCAGAGGAAUAA